AUCAUAAGUUACAUUUAAUUUUAGAAAUAAACAUUUGUAUAUGUAGUUACUUUGUACUUGGAAGCCACAUCUUUUGAGUAAUAUAUUUUCCAGAGUAACAAAAAUUGGUACUGGCAGAAGUCCAAGGCACAUUAGAAUGUGAAUUUAGUACUUACUAAAGUUAAAUAAAUGGUUCAUUCUUAACUUUUGUAAUUCAUAUUUGUGAUUGUAUUUCUUCCAAGGUAUUAUAUGAAAUGUGUCAAAAUGUAUUUUUCUGCAAAGGAGUAGUUUAAUGUUAGAUAUCAGACCAGAAAUCAAUAGCUGUGUAUGAUAUAGUUGUGAGCAAACAUGCAAAGCUCAUACUACUAUUUCAUGAGAUCGCGGCUGUCACUUGUACAGGUAUUAAAAAUAGUGUAUAUACAUACUUUGUGUAUGUAGAUGUUAUAAGCAAUAUGGCUCUAAUUUCUAGGGAAUACAUAUAGUGAGCAGAUGGAUUUAUAUUUGCUGAUAUUGGGCCGUGACCAUGAGAUACAUGUUCAUAUAGGUAUACUAUUUGCAGCUAGAAUUUAGCAUGUAAUUUGUGAAAAUGUUAAUUGUCAAAACUUCAAAAACAUAAAUAUUUGAUGUUUAAAAUGUUAUUUCAAGCCUGGGAAGAGGUCUUUUUUUUAUCACAUUCUCUAAGGUUUAUCCUGUUUGGUCUUUAUGUGGACAUUUUAUAUUAGAAUUGAUUUUUUCAUUUAAAGAGAAGGAAUUGACUUCUAAGACCUUAUGAUAUCCGUCUCUUGGUUUUUCUUAUGACUCUUUGGAGUGCCAAUAAUGAAUGAUAAAGAUAAUUACUGUCAUUUUUCCCAUUCAUUCUUUGCCCAAAUCAAAACCCAUUCUUGUUUUAAAAAAAUACAAACUAGGAGUGUAUUUCAUGGCUAGUUCUGCUCAGAGUUUUAAAAUGUUAUACCCACUACAGUUCUAUCUCAAAUGUUCAACUAGCAUAGAAAUUUAUUUCUCAAAGAACUAAACAUCUCUACUUAAGACAUCCACAUGACAGCUACAUGAGGACUGCAGCUCAUUCAAAGGUAAGCCUUUUCAUGUAUGUUCAAAUUAAGCUAAUGUUCAUAAGUAAUUAGAAAAUAACUGAUCAUUUCACCAAACUUUAUCAUUAGCAGGAAUAUACUUUAUAUUCAAUGCCAGAGGUCGUUUGCAGAUCCAUUCUUAACUAUGCCAAACCCUUUAUAAUGCAGGUGGAAGAAAAGUACCAUAUGAAGAGGAAAGAAAAAGAAACCAGUGAGAGAGUCCUAGGCUUUCUCAGACUGAUGGAAAUAAGACUGACUGUAACCAUGUUCAGCUGCUGACAGUGUGAAAUUGAGUUGUAUGGUGGACAGAAGACAAGCAGUCAAGAGAAAUCCCCAAAGGUUCCUGAAAGUAGAGAUUUUCCUUGUGAGAUGAUGAAAAGAUGUGAUCACAUGGAAAUCCAAUUCCCAUGUUUGGAAUAAUGCAUGACUUUUGGAGAAAACUUGAUGACUUCUUGUACCAACAAAGCAUAUACAGUCUGCAAGGGUAUUCAACAUUUGCCUCUUCUUCCUUAUUUGGCUGCGCAGAAUUCAGGUGCAGAGCCAGCACAACAGCAUCAGUGUGCAGUAAGCAGGGCUCCAGGCAGGUUUCGGUCCUGUGUCCAUCGCACUGCUCAUUACAUCACGUUGCAAACGAGGCAGGCAGGUCGUUCGUUGUUCUUGGCCUUAAGUUUACCCUCUGUGAAGGAGAGCACACUAAGUGGGGGUUUAUGUUGGUUUUCAGCACUGGGGUCCAACUGGGGGCCUUACACAGCCUGCACCUACGUGUAGAAGCCAAGCAAACUUGGUAACAACCCAGGUUUGUUCUUAGCCAUCUUUUUACUUUUUGUGUUUACUUUAAGACAAGGUCUCACUAAAUUGCCCAGAUUGUCUUGAAGAUCACACUGUAGCUCAGGCUGGCCUUGAACUUGUGCUUCUUUUGCUCCCACCUACCAAAAUAGCCGGGGAUACAAGCUUUUGUGAUUAAACUUAGCCCCUAAAGACUUACUAAGGACCCUGGUGAUUGUAAAAUUCUGAUUUCACCCCCCCCCCAAAAAAGGAUCCAUAUUGUGUGUGGUGGUUGGUUGUGUUUUUGAAACGUCUGUGUAUUAAGGUUUGAUUAUCUUCUUGCAGCCCAGUAAAAAGCCAAUAGGAACUCAGAGCAUGAUUGACAAUGAGAAGAGACCCUGCUCAAGCCUCAGGUAGGCUGUUCACCAUGGAAACAGACAUCACCAAAAGCUGCACGAGCGUUGUCAUCUGAAGUGGAAGCUAAGAGCUGCAUCUUGGACAGCUUUGGGUAAAAAUGAAGGUGCCUGUGUUAGAGGAUGUAAAAGAUGAAACUGAAGAGGAAAAUGUGGAGGAGGAAGAAAAGCAGGAGGACAAGGUAUUUCUUAAACCUGUUAUUGAAGACCUAAGCAUGGAACUGGCCAGAAAGUGCACUGAACUCAUUAGUGAUAUCCAUUAUAAAGAAGAGUAUAAAAAGUCCAAGGACAAAUGCACAUCUGUGACUGACACUCCCACGCUAAACCAUGUAAAAAACAUCGGUGCUUUUAUUUCUGAGGCAAAAUACAAAGGAACCAUUAAAUCUGAUCUUUCCAACUGUCUGUAUAAGCACAUGCCAGCCACCAUUGACAGUGUCUUUGCAAGAGAAGUGUCCCAGCUUCAGAGUGAGGUUGCCUACAAACAGAAGCAUGAUGCCGAGAAAGGGCUCUCGGAUUACGCCCACAUGAAGGAGCCUCCGGAGGUGAGACAUGCCAUGGAGGUCAACAGACACCAGAGUAAUAUUUCUUAUAGAAAAGAUGUGCAGGACAUCCACAUGUAUACAGCGGAGCUUGACAGACCGGAUAUCAAGAAGGCAACUCAGAUCUCCAAGAUCAUAAGCAAUGCAGAAUACAAGAAAGGGCAAGGCAUAGUGAAUAAAGAGCCUUCUGUAAUUGGAAGACCAGAUUUUGAACAUGCUGUGGAAGCCUCGAAACUUUCCAGUCAGGUUAAAUAUAAAGAAAAAUUUGAUAAUGAAAUGAAAGGAAAAACCCACUCUUACAACCCGCUGGAAACUGCUUCUUUUCGGCAACACCAGCUCGCUACUGUCCUGGCAAGCGAUGUGAAGUACAAGAAAGAUGCUCAAACCAUGCACGAGCCAGUUUCAGACCUCCCAAAUUUGUUGUUUUUAGACCAUGCUCUGAAAGCCAGCAAAAUGCUCAGUGGAUGGGAAUAUAAAAAGAAUUUUGAAGACAACAAAGGAUUGUAUCACUUUGAUGCAGAGGCCACUGAACACCUGCACCAUAAAGGCAACGCCACCCUCCAGAGUCAGGUAAAAUACAGAGAAGAAUAUGAGAAAAAUAAGGGCAAGUCCAUGCUUGAGUUUGUUGAGACACCAUCUUAUCAGUUUUCAAAGGAGGCUCAGAAGAUGCAGAGUGAGAAAGUUUACAAAGAAGAUUUUGAGAAGGAGAUUAAAGGGAGGUCCUCACUGGAUUUAGACAAGACUCCUGCAUUUCUACAUGUAAAGUACAUCACCAACCUGAUGAGGGAGAAAGAAUAUAAAAAAGACUUGGAAAAUGAAAUAAAAGGGAAAGGAAUGGAACUUAGUUCAGAAGUCCUUGAUAUUCAGAGAGCAAAGCGAGCAUCUGAAAUGGCCAGCGAGAAAGAAUACAAAAAGGACCUGGAGUCAGAAAUUAAAGGGAAGGGAAUGCAAAUUGACACCAAUACACUUGAAAUACAACGUGCCAAGAAAGCUGCCAAGAUAGCCAGUGAGAAAGAUUACAAAAGAGAUCUGGAGACAGAAAUUAAAGGAAAAGGAAUGCAGGUCACUGCAGACACUCUAGAUGUUCGGAGAGCUAAGAGGGCAUCUGAGAUGGCCAGCCAGAAGCAAUAUAGGAAAGACUUAGAGAAUGAAAUUAAGGGUAAAGGAAUGCAGAUGAAUAUGGAUAUCCCAGAUAUGCUUCGAGCCAAGAGGGCAUCUGAAAUCUACAGCCAGAAAAAGUAUAAAGAUGAAGCUGAGAGAAUGCUUUCUAACUAUUCCACUGUGGCAGACACUCCCGAAAUUCAGAGAAUCAAGAUGACGCAACAAAACAUUAGCAAUGUGUCUUACAAGGAAGGUGUGGGGGCUGGCACAGCCCUAAGGAACACUCCAGAGAUCGAACGAGUGAAGAAAACCCAGCACAAUAUCAGCUCAGUGAAAUACAAAGGAGGAAUUAAACAUGCAGCAGCCAUUUCAGAUCCUCCGGAGCUAAAGAGAGCUAAAGAAAACCAGAAGAACAUCAACAAUCUCCAGUAUAAAGAGCAAAACUAUAAGGCCACUCCAGUAACCAUGACUCCAGAAAUAGAAAGGGUGAAGAGGAACCAGGAGCAGCUGAGUGCGGUCAAAUACAAAGAAGAGCUAAAACAGGCAACUUCCAUUCCAGAUCUACCAGAGUUGAAGAGAGUGAAAGAAAACCAGAAGAAUAUCAGCAAUGUUUAUUAUAAAGGUCAACUGGGAAGGGCUACAGCUCUCAGUGUCACUCCUGAAAUGGAAAGAGUGAAGAGGAAUCAAGAAAAUAUUAGCUCGGUAAAAUACACACAAGACCACAAACAAAUGAAAGGUAGACCAUGUCUGAUCUUAGAUACACCUGCUUUGAGACAUGUUAAAGAAGCACAAAACCAUGUUUCCAUGGUCAAGUAUCAUGAAGAUUUCGAGAAGACAAAGGGGAGAGGCUUCACUCCCGUUGUGGACGACCCUGUGAUGGAGAGGGCGAGGAAGAACACCCAGGUUGUGAGCGAUGCUGCCUAUAAAGGUGUUCAGCCUCAUGUUGUGGAGAUGGAUCGGAGACCUGGGAUCAUCGUUGACCUCAAAGUGUGGCGCACAGAUCCUGGCUCCAUCUUCGACAUUGACCCCCUGGAGGACAAUAUUCAGUCUAGAAGUCUCCAUAUGCUCUCUGAAAAGGCGAGUCAGUACCAAAGACACCUGUCUCGCUCUCACUCCAGCAGCACUUUUGGUACAGGUCUGGGAGAUGACAAGUCAGAGAUCUCCGAGCUCUACCCUAGCUUUUCAUGCUGCAGUGAGGUAACAAGACCAUCGGAUGAAGGAGCACCUGUUCUUCCUGGAGCUUACCAGCAGAGUCAUUCCCAAGGCUAUGGGUACAUGCACCAGACCAGCGUGUCAUCCAUGAGGUCAAUGCAGCAUUCACCAAAUCUAAGGACCUACCGAGCCAUGUACGACUACAGUGCCCAGGAUGAAGAUGAGGUCUCCUUCCGAGAUGGUGACUACAUUGUCAAUGUGCAGCCCAUUGAUGACGGCUGGAUGUAUGGCACCGUGCAGAGAACCGGGAGAACGGGCAUGCUCCCGGCAAAUUAUAUUGAGUUUGUGAAUUAAUUCUUUCUCCUUGCCCUUUGAGCUUUAUUCUGAUGUAUUCUACACCCAAUCUUUUUAAAAGAUAGAAGAUACUUUUCAGAUAACUUGGCAAUUAUUUUACAAUAAUGUGUCCUUACUUUGACAAUUAGACACACAGGUACCAGGAAAAGGGAAUGACUUUUGGGCUGGAAACAGCAGCAUCCAUAGUAGUUCCUAUAAACAAAACCAUUAGGUCUGGAGACCUGGUGCUGCUAAUUGUGUUUGUGGUUUCAUUUAAUUGGCUAUUCAACCCUCCUGGGACAUGUAUUUUUGUAGACUUUAAUAGAGAUGUUGAUUGUCCCUUAAAUGUAACAAGUGUAUGAAACUUCUUAGCUGUCACUUGGAAUCAUCUGAAGCCAAUUCUCAUAGUUCAGCAACACAGCCAAUAAUCUAAAAACUGUUCAGCUUUUGAAUCGUUGGGUAAUUUUCAAUUCAGAUGAGAAUUGCCUAGUAUAAUAAAUGGAAACAGUGGAGGAAUGAGUCUGAUUAAAAUCAUAUUGACUGUAGCCUUAGGGAGCAGGCAGGAAACUUGCCCUUUUCCUAGGCUCACCAGGAUCUAGUUAUUUCUCAUGUCUUUCAUGGUAUAGCCUAUCUCCAUUUACGUUCUGUGGAGCGGAGCAUGUGCUCAGGUCCUCAGAAUAUCAGGACCAGGUAACUUCACAGCUACUCUGCAAAGGGCAAAGUUCAAUGUCAUCUGUAUUAUUUCCCUAGUAGCCUCUAUCCUGCUGCAUGUCUUGUGGGCUUAAGCUUCUGUAAUAUGGCAGCUGCUUUGCCCAUCCUUGUUAUAAAAGUCAGCAGUGUGACUGACCUCUCCCUGCCCUUUCUUCUAGCUGUCAGCUCACCAGAAAACAUUUUGAAAAGUUGCUUGAGACUUUCUUGCUGUAUUAAACUCUAGUUUUGAAAGACUCAUGCCUUAGGAAAUACACAUAUACUCUAGUAAAUAGAAAAUUUAUGUAUUUACUGGAUAGCUUUCACUCACUUAAUACCACCAUUGAUUUGAAAGUGAAGUGAAUUCAACAGCAUCCCAAAUAAGGGGAAAUGGACUAUACAGUACACUGGGAGAAAACCAAAACACAAAACAGUAAGCAGAAGUUUGCUCCACAGUUAGAUGACUUGGUCUUAUAUCUUGGCAGUUGGUCUUCAGACUCUGGGAUGGAAAUAUAGCCACUAAGCAUGUUCAUAAGAAGGAUUCCUUUCCCCACCCUGCUUUUUGUUUUCUAAAUCACUUUUGGGAUUAGAUAAGAAAGUCACCAGUGAUCAGAUCAGCAGAUGAUUCACUAAGAAGGAAAUAGGUGUCUUGUGUUGAGUGAGUGUGCAGGGUUUUCAUAGUGUCACAGCCCCAAGUAGAACCAUUACUGUUGUGUCUUCAAUUUGCUCUGGAGUCUGCAGUCGAAGUUAGUGGAUGUUGAUGUGUAUCACAACUCUGUUUUUCUCAUGGUGCCUCUUACUGUGACUUGAAGCAGGGUGGCAUUUGUGUGAGAUCUGAAACUGAGGGAAGCAGAGUCACAAAACUGUAAGAAGACACUGAGAUUGUGGGACUAUCUACACAAUAUGUUCAAGGAAAUUAAUAAAGCACCCACCAGUGAAAAACAUUUGAAUGAAAUGUUUGUGAGGCCAAAGCUCCAAGUUGGUUCCUUUAAACCUUUGAAAAGUGAGCCCGUACUCUGGAAAAUCAGUAGUUUCGUUAGAUUUGCCUUAAAGAAAAGUUUUAUUACACUGAGCUGUGUUUCUGUGACACUGAUAGAAAAAUGAAAAGAAAAAUAACUAGAGAUGUUCCUGGAAAGAGUUUUAUAGACUUGUAAAUAAAGAGCUUACCUAAUUUCCUGACAUUUAAAUAGCCAGUCAUGAUUAACCUUCCUGUUUUCAUGUCUUGAACACACACCUACAAAGACAAACUGCACUUGCAAUAAUUUUGCAAAAAUCUUUACACUAAUAACAAGGGUGAUAAGCUGGCUGAUUUAUGUUAUGUUUCUUUAUGCUUUCCCAGGCAGACUAUGUGUGUGUGUUUGUGAUUAUUAAAAAAAAGAGUAGUUGUUGAUUAAAACUUCAGGAUAAUGCAGGGCAGGUAUGAUUUUUGAUAAUAGUGUGUGUGUGCAGGAAGCUCAACAGAAGUCGACUUUGAAAUGAUACUUAACAUCAGCUAGUCCUCACAAAGUUGCAGCUCAAUGGUCCAUGUUCUUGCCACUCAUUCAUUUCAAAGUCAGACCUGAAUGUGAAAGUCAGUACAUAUUUGGGAAAUCCAUGUCUUAAAUGUUGAGCCUUACAUAAUGUUUGCAUAGCAAGAUUUUUCUGUUUUAAGUCCUUCAGAAUUAAGAUCUGAUCUGGAUUCAAAAAAGGGCAGCUUUUUUUUUUUUUUCCCAAUACCAACUGAGGCAGAACAAGACAUUGCAUGCUCUUGAGGUCAUGCAUUGAUAGUCUUGACACUGUUACUAGCACUUGUAAGGAUGUUACCCAUCUCAUCAGAAAAUCUGAGCAUAGAUGCGUCAUACCCAGAUGCCAUCCUUUGGAGCAUCAUUUAAAAAAUGCUGUAUUUUUAACACACUUUCCACAUGCCCCCCACCCCCUUGCAGUUUGGCAGCCAGUAUCUCACAUGGAACACUGACAGCUAUAGAUGAAUUUAAAAACAAGUCCAUUAGAAAUCAGGUUAAAGGAACCUAAACACCAGACACAGAGAUCAUGCAUCUGUUCCUAAAUGGGAUGGUUUCUCAAGCCUGACGGAAGCACAAGAAGCCGCCUGAUACCCUUCUCCAAGUCUCUGAAGACAAAUGCAUUUGGUUCAAGUUCCUCUUGAGAAAAGUUUAGCAACAGAAUAUAAUGCCUUUGUUGUAAGCUUUUGUAGUAGAUUAAAAAAUAUUUCUUGUUCUCUGGAGAACUUUCUAUUUCUAACCUGUGACAAAAUGAAUGCUUCAUGUCUUCAUUGUGUUUGCACAUCUGCAGCACACCCAGUUUGAAAUUUUGAUCUGGUUGUCAUUCUCCACGGAGUCCCUGCAUCUCCCCAUGUCUCUCAGCCUCCACAGAGCACCCAGGGAUGUCUAAGCACAAUUUCCACAAGCACCUUGUGUGGGGAUGGGUGAGAUUAUGAUAGUCCUUCCCUUGUCAAGGCUCUUUAUUUGAAGAUGUUGAAGAUGCCAUUUGGCCAGUUUUACUGUAGUCUUUCAUUCUAGGUCCUCUCUGUGCUGGGGUUCAUAACACUCUAAGAAUGCUGGGAAAAUCUUUUCUACAAAUGAGAGCAAGGGACACACCCAGUUUUCAGGUUCCUCCACCUCUAGUGGAAUACUUUCAGUGAAAUGAUAAAGAAAGUAAGUGUGAUCUUUAAUAACACAGCCCUAUAUACAGUGGAUAUAGUUUAUACUAAUGUUAUAAUAUAGAUAUAUACAAAAUAGGUGCCUUUUGAUUAUACUUGUUUAUCAUUAUGGUCUUGGAAAGGAAAGCAAGCAAGCAAGCAAGCUUCUGCAUAUUCUAUUACAAUAUUUUAUGAUACAUGAUUGAUAUUUUUGUGGUGAGAAGUGAGAUGCCCCUACCUGAAAGAUGUCACAGCUGGUUGUAUAUUCCUCCUAAAGGUUUAGAACUUUAGACAAUAUUGACUUCUUCCAUUUUCUGAAAAGUUGGGAUUUUUUUUUCUUGUGGAUUUAUAUGUAGUUGAGAUAUAUAAGCAUUAAGUUUGGGGUUUAAAAUACUUAUGGUGAGAUAGAUUAGUUAUAUUAUGAGGCUGAAUUCACUGAGUAAGAUGAGCUUUAUGGCCUGAUUAUGUUUAUGUUUUAACUGUUUGCCUUUGAUAAUCUGAAUGUGGCUACAUUUGCACUUGUAUGGGGUAAUACAAUGUGGUGAUAAAGCUUCAGUUAGGUAGGAAGCUAUGUAAACUAAUUUAAGAUGCUAAAAUGAAAGGCUCUCUGAAGUAUUCUGUACCCUGUAGGGCCCUUUUCCAGGCAAGUAGUUGUCAAUAACUAAUGAUCAAAAAAAGUUAAGACAUUGUGGGAAACUUCUGUGGUCAUCAUUCCAGGAUGCAUAAGACUACUAGAAUCCUCUGGCCUAGAAGGCUCCCUGGGCAAAUGUCCUUCCCAAUUGUCUGUAACUUCAGUAUAUCCAGAGGACUCCAUAUGCUUACUGUGUCUGAUAUGUGGUAUCCUGUUUGCAUAGCAUACAUGUCGCUGUUGUCAACUAUUGUUCAAGAUGGUUUCCUUUAAAGGAAAGAGAGAAAAACUGCAUUUCAGCCUCCUUCCUUCAUGUCCAUACAAUGAAUUGCUAAGCAUUUUGGAAGUAGCAACAAGUGUGUAACAGGCAUGAUAUUUGUGGAACUGUUGGCUUUUGACCUGUGAUAAAAAGAGAAAUUUGAAUGAUGUAGCUUGGCUUCUGUUUGCUUUGAAAUAUGCACAAUUGUGGUUGGUGAUUAAUUUGUAAAGCUGUACUAACUUUGAGAACAUAAUGAUUGUGAAAGAAGCAGUAAAUGUUUUUUCAAUGGGAGGGGAAUCACAGAAUGAUUUAAGGUUAUUAGUAUAAUUUGGCUUUUGUUAUGCAAAUUGUUAACACCAGCUAUUAAAAUAUAUUUUAGUAGAAAUGCUUUAAUUCAUGUUUUUUUCCUCUACACUGUGAAUCUUGAAGCCUUGGUGGACCAGAGACACAUUGUGAUGUCCAAAGGACUAACCUAUGCAAAUGAGUUCACAUCUUAUUGAUGUCACAGUAAACAUGUGCUAAGAAAUUAUUUCUCCGCAUAACAUGCAGCAGUAUUGGAAUAGCACAGGAAGCCCGGCCUCCCAUGCAUUACACUGUAGUCUCUCACAAUCCCUUCAAGGCCACCAAAACCAUUAGCAUUUGUGGGAAUCUGAUUGGUAUCUAUUGAAACUACUUGAAUGAUACCGGGAGGAAGAUGGCAGACAGGCAUCUUGGCUGUGGCUUUCAUAGAACUAUGUUCUCACAUAUUCUCUCUUCGGGGUCUUGGUAUUCUGUGUCCUCUAUCUGUAUUUGUAAAUUCAUUAAUUUCCUAUCAACACAUUUGGUUUGCUUAAAUAAAUACAGGAUGUAACAAAA